AGGGAACGCAAACGCAGAUACACAAAUUAGUUGCCCUCCAAGCGCAGCAUAUGGCGUCGUUUCUCUCAAAACCCCUUUCCCUUCCGUUUCUUCACACGCUCCUCCCACCCCACCACAAACCCAGCACUCCUACCACUGCCACCAAAAACACCCAACAAUUAACACAAAAUUGAAACUAUAUACCCAGCACAUUCUGCGUUCCACUAUUCUCUCUGACCUCACCGCAUACCCAGCACUACUCAUGGCAACGGCUACUUUCUACUUCCUCUUCAUCGUAGCAUUUGCUGUUCCCUUUUGCUUCGCCGCCGCUUUAACACCCGCUCAACGGCAAGCAUCAUUACCGGAGAUCCAAGCGUUAACGGCGUUUAAGAGCAACCUCUACGACCCGCUUGGCGCGCUGGACGGCUGGGAUGCGUCCACGCCGUCAGCCCCGUGCGACUGGCGUGGCGUUGGCUGUGAAGAUAACCGAGUUCAGGAGCUCCGCCUGCCUCGUCUCCACCUCGGCGGCCGAAUUACUGACCACCUCGCCGACCUACGCGACCUCCGCAAGCUCAGCCUCCACAGCAACAACCUCAACGGCUCUAUACCUUCCUCUCUCUCCCAAUGCGCUUUGUUACGCGUCCUUUACUUGCACGGAAACUCCCUCUCCGGGACUCUCCCGCCGGCGAUUUUCAACCUCACCAACCUCCAAAUCCUCAACGUCGCUCACAACUUCCUCUCCGGAAAAAUCUCCGGCGACAUUCCGGUGAGCCUUCGGUUCCUCGACCUUUCAUCGAACACAUUCUCCGGGGAGAUUCCGGCGAAUUUCUCCGCCGACUCAAGCCUCCAGCUUGUCAACCUCUCGUUCAAUCGGUUCUCCGGCGUGGUUCCGGCGACCAUCGGAGGUCUCAAGAAUCUUGAAUAUCUGUGGUUUGACUCGAACCAGCUGUAUGGCACUCUGCCCUCGGCGAUUUCCAACUGCUCGUCGCUCGUGCAUUUGAGCGCCGACGACAACUCGCUGAGAGGUUUGGUUCCGACGACGAUCGGAGCGAUGCCGAAGCUUCAGGUGGUGUCGCUGUCAUGGAACGAGCUGUCAGGGUCUGUCCCCACGUCGUUGUUGUGCAGUACUGCUAACAACGACUCGUCGUUGAGGAUCGUGGAGCUCGGAUUCAAUGCGCUCACGAGCAUUGCUGAGCCGCCAGAUAUCUCAAAAUGUUCGAGUAUAUUGGGGGUUCUGGACUUAAAAUCCAAUCGGAUAAGUGGUCCGUUCCCUUCUUGGUUGACAAACGUGACAACAAUUAUGAGAGUUCUAGAUCUUUCUGGAAACAUGUUGUCGGGUCAACUGCCGGCGGAGAUUGGCAAUCUUCUCCGGUUGGAGGAGUUUCGGGCGGCAAAUAAUUCGCUGAGUGGUGAACUUCCCAAUGAGAUUGUGAAAUGUAGUUUGUUACAGGUCCUUGAUGUUGAAGGAAACAGAUUUUUGGGUCAAGUUCCUUUGUUUUUGGGAGGAAUGAGGAGCUUGAAGGUGUUGUCUUUGGGUAGGAAUUUAUUCUCCGGCGACAUUCCAGCGAGUUUAGGAGCGCUUUCGCAGCUCGAAUCCUUGAAUUUGAGCAACAAUAAUCUGACCGGGAAAGUUCCAGAUGAGCUCAUGAUGCAGCUAAGCAACUUGACAAGUUUGAAUCUGAGUAACAACAGAUUUUCUGGUGAGAUUAUUAAUGUUGGAGAUUUGAAGAGCUUGCAGGUUUUGAAUUUGAGCAAUUGCGGGUUUUCGGGGAGUGUUCCUGCCAGCGUUGGUGGUUUGAUGAAGCUUGAAACACUGGAUUUGAGCAAGCAGAAGCUUUCCGGGGAGUUGCCGGUUCAGAUUUUCGGGUUGCCAAAUUUACAAGUGGUUGCUCUGCAGGAAAAUCACUUAUCUGGAGAUGUCCCUCAAGGUUUUAGUAGCUUGAUUAGUUUGAUCUAUCUAAACAUGUCUUCCAAUGCCUUUACUGGUGUUAUUCCCACCACUUAUGGAUUUCUCAACUCAUUACUUGUUCUAUCAUUGUCUGGAAAUCGCAUUUCGGGCACAAUCCCACAAGAGCUUGGAGAUGGUUUGAAUCUUCGAGUGCUCGAGCUUCGUUCUAAUCAAUUAGGAGGCGAAAUUCCAGCCGAUAUCUCUCGCCUAUCCAAUUUGAAAGAGCUCAAUGUAGGUCACAAUAAGUUGACAGGUGAAAUCCCAGAGGAGAUUUCCAACUGCUCCUCUCUGACUUCUCUGUUGUUAGAUGGGAAUCAACUUUCGGGUCAAAUACCAAACUCAUUGCCUAAGUUAUUGAACCUCACAGUGUUAGAUCUUUCCUCUAACAGGCUGAGCGGCGCCAUCCCAGAUAAUCUUUGGCUCCUCGUCCCUCACUUGAAAUACCUGAAUUUGUCAAACAACAACCUUGCUGGAGAGAUUCCAAAGCCGCUGGGUUCCCAGUUCAACGAUCCUUCUGUGUUUGCAAUGAACAGAGAUUUAUGUGGGAAGCCGUUGAAUAGAGAAUGUGCAGAUGUGAGAAGGAGAAAAAGGAAUAGGUUGAUUUUAUUAAUUGGGGUGGCUGUGGCAGGAGCUUUGCUUCUGGCAUUGUGUUGUUGUGGCUACGUUUACAGCCUCUUGCGAUGGCGGAAAAAGCUUAGAGAAAUGGUAACCGGGCCCCAAAAGAAGCGAACAAGCCCUCGAGGAAGCUCAGGAGACAGGAGCCGGGGAAGUGGAGAAAAUGGAGGGCCAAAACUUGUAAUGUUCACCAGCAAGAUCACGUAUGCGGAGGCAUUAGAAGCAACAAGACAAUUCGAUGAGGAAAAUGUGCUAAGCAGGGGAAGAUAUGGACCUGUAUUCAAGGCUACAUUCCAAGAUGGAAUGGUGCUUUCAAUACGGCGUCUUCCUGAUGGAUUCCUCGAUGAAGGCGGUUUUCGCAAAGAAGCUGAAGCUCUUGGCAAGGUGAAGCAUCGAAACCUAACAGUCCUCCGAGGCUACUACGCAGGUCCUCCCGACGUGAGGCUCCUCGUGUACGAUUACAUGCCAAAUGGAAACUUAGGCACUCUUCUCCAAGAGGCAUCUCACCAAGACGGGCACGUCCUAAAUUGGCCAAUGCGGCACCUCAUUGCGCUCGGCAUUGCCCGCGGAUUAGCAUUUCUCCACUCCAUGUCAAUCGUACACGGUGAUGUAAAGCCACAAAACGUUCUUUUCGAUGCUGAUUUCGAAGCGCAUUUGUCCGAAUUUGGACUAGACCGGCUAACCAUAGCCACACCAGCAGAAGCUUCAUCGUCUACUACGCCGAUCGGGUCCUUAGGCUACGUAUCCCCUGAAGCUGCAUUGACGGGGCAAGCGACGAAAGAAGCCGACGUGUACAGUUUCGGGAUUGUAUUGUUGGAGAUUUUAACCGGGAGGAAGCCGGUGAUGUUUACACAAGACGAAGACAUUGUCAAGUGGGUGAAGAAGCAGCUGCAGAGUGGUCAAGUUUCCGAGCUGCUCGAGCCCGGGCUGCUCGAAAUUGACCCCGAAUCGUCGGAUUGGGAAGAGUUCUUGCUCGGAGUGAAAGUGGGGCUUCUUUGCACGGCUCCUGAUCCGCUUGAUCGGCCGUUGAUUGCCGACAUUGUGUUCAUGCUUGAAGGUUGCAGGGUCGCACAGGAUAUUCCGUCCUCAGCUGAUCCCACCUCUCUGCCUUCACCGGUCUAAUUUUUAAUUUAAUUUUUUAAUUUUAACAAAUCACUAUCCUCAAUCAUCAUCGUCUUCAUUUCUGCAGUUGUAUGUACUUAUUGGUUUGCCCUUUAUUCCUCUCUUUUCCUGCUUUUGCUCAAUUUCAUAACUUGCACCUGACAGCGCCGA